AGCGGCCGCCGGCCCCACGGCGCAGUCGCACAGUCUCCAGUCAAGGCGGCACAGGGGCCGGGCGGAGUGUGACUGGUCUGUUCCUGGGUCGCGUCGUCAGUGAUACCUCAGCGCAGCAAUGGCAGAACCGCAGCCCGCGUCCAGCGGCCUCACGGACGAGGCCGCCCUCAGUUGCUGCUCCGACGCGGACCCCAGCACAAAGGAUUUUCUAUUGCAGCAGACCAUGCUACGAAUUAAGGAUCCUAAGAAGUCAUUGGAUUUUUAUACUAGAGUUCUUGGAAUGACGCUACUCCAAAAAUUAGAUUUUCCUACUAUGAAAUUUUCACUCUAUUUCUUGGCUUAUGAAGAUAAAAAUGACAUCCCCAAAGAUAAAGAUGAAAAAGUAUCAUGGGUAUUCUCCAGAAAAGCUACACUUGAACUGACACACAAUUGGGGCACUGAAGAUGAUGAAACCCAGAGUUACCACAGUGGAAAUUCAGACCCUCGAGGAUUUGGUCACAUUGGAAUUGCUGUUCCUGAUGUACACGGUGCUUGUAAAAGAUUUGAAGAACUGGGAGUCAAAUUUGUGAAAAAGCCUGAUGAUGGUAAAAUGAAAGGCCUGGCAUUUAUUCAAGAUCCUGAUGGCUACUGGAUUGAAAUUUUGAAUCCUAACAAAAUGGCAACUAUUAUUUAGUGCUGUGAAAAUGCUCCUUUGAGAUUUCCAUAAAGACAGACAUUAAAAAAGAAACAAUGUGAUUCAAGAUACAGAUAGCAGAAGCAUCUAGGACUAUGGAUCAUGGUUGUAAUUCAAAUUAUUCUUAAAUCCAUUUCCCUUUCCUAUUUCAGCUGGGGUUCUUUCACGUAACUGUUCAGUCAUUCUGGUUUUAAAGUAAUGCUUUAUCUUAUGUCCUUGAAUAUAGUUGUAUAACUUUACUUUUUAGUUAAUAAUUAGAACAAUUCCCUUUAGAAGCUGGAUUUAUUUGCCGUCUUCUAUCUCCUAAAUAAUACUUCUCUUUAAGUCUGCCUUUGAAUCCUCAUUUUCCCAAAAAAAGUAUUUAACAUGUUUUUGUGUGGUUAUCUUCUGGGGUUUCAAUUCCUCAGAAAUAACUUUUCACAGUGAAAAGUCAAGAACAUAAAACAGGAAUGAAACUUCAUGUGUACUUCAAACAGUACAAAGUGUUUAUUUUACAAAAGAGCAGAUACUCUUGAGAGUAAUUCAGGAUCAUGCUGACAAGGAUACUGAUAGAAAAAGUAGUUUCUUUUUUUUUAUAAAGUACAUUUAAAGUUCAAGGACUAACCUCAUUUAAUUGGGAAUGGGAAGGAGGAAAGGAAUAAUAUUUACUGGGUACCCAGACACUAGGCUGUUAAUAUAUUUUAUCUCAUUUAAUACUUACAACUAUCUCUAUAAGAAAGAAAGUAGGCUAAACAUGUAAAAUAACUUUAGUGAAUUGAAGGCAAUAUAAAUAGGCUCAAGUACUUAAGAUCUCAUCAUCAUUUUUAGUAUUUAGAUUGUGGCUCAAAAUUAGUACCUCACAAUACCUCCUCCACUAGCCUCCUGGUGCAGAAACCCUCAGUGAGUUUGGGCACUGUGCCCUUGGCUCUCGAGCCUGACUACCAUGGUGAGGGAAGAAGUAGCAGAAGUGUUUAGCACAAGACUGCCCUGGGGACCCGCUGCUAUUCCUGCACAGGUCAUGCUUAUAUUAGUUGUGAAGAGUCCUCCCUACCCCCAGGUCUUCUUGAUGACAGUAGCCACAUGUAAUAAAUUAUGUUCAGUGAAAACUCAGUUAUCAGAAAUCCUCACAGUGGUCUUCGCUCCCAUGAUUGACAUUUGAUGGGUUUUUAAAAAUCAAAGUGAUUUUGAAAAUCUCUAAUGGCUUAGAAAAUAAAAACAUCCAGUUUGUGGUUGACUACAUUUGGAUUUUCUGUAGGCUCUAGGGGAAAACCUUUGGAUAGGCCAUGCCAACUGUGCUUGCAUUGCAAGAAGCACUUUACAUUUCCUUUUUGGAUGAAAUGGAUUUAUGCGAGCAAUUUAAACAAACAGCAAUACUUACAGACUGAAAUAAAAUAAAAUUUCAAGUAAGACUAUCUUUGAAUUUUAA